AUGGACCCUUCUCCACAUAAUUCCCCAGAAGCCAGCACCAGCACUCCAGAAUCGCAGGUUUCCCCACCAGAGCUCCGUACAAGCGCCAGAGUCAAGGCUGCAAAGCAGAAGGCCAAGGAUAAGGCAGACGAGCCCUCCCCGUCUUCAUCUACGCAACCCACAACAACCCGAACCCAGCCUAAACGCUCGGCUAAAUCCAAGGCCAAAGAAUCGACAGACAACAGCUCUGUCUCCCGCCCAGCGAAACGUGCCCGCAGAAGCGUAGCCACUCCGCUUACCAUUAACGAACCAGUCCGAGACCUCAAGGGUAAGAAACGCGCUGCCCCCGACCCCACUACAUCCGACGAAGACGCGCCGGGCCCAUCAUCUUCCAAACGACCGCGAACCAACUCCUACUCCCUUCGCUCCAGCACGAAAGAAGCCACAACAACUAUGCCCAGAAAGUCCCGCACAACCACCAAAGGCAAAGCGGCCAUGAAAAGCAAAGCUAUGGCCGUUGCCGGCUCCUCAAGAAUCGAAGACGAAGACGCUGAAAUGCUCGACGUCGAGUAUAAGCAAGAGCAAGAAGCACAAGACAACGAAGCCCAUGACCAGCCACCAGACGAGGAGCUGCCGCAUGACGACGAUGAAGACAACGGCUCCAGUGACGAUGGGGAGGAUGAGCCAGAUAGUGGCGGUGGAGGGUCUGCAAAUGCGCCUGUCCCGGGCGGCCUCGACGAGUCAGCGGCAAUGGCCAUCUUUGGUGACUAUCGCCAAUUUGGCUCAUACAUGCUAUCCCUAUCCUCCCGUCUCAAGACAAUGCUCACCAACAUCAAGUCAACUGCCGACCCAACAACGCGUCUACUCACACUUCAAGAGCUCAGCGAAUUACUCAGCAUUAGCACGGAGGAUACCCUUGCUGGAUCUUUUCAAGUGGAGCAAUUCGUGAAGGAGCUUGUGAAGAUUCUCGGUGGUUCCGGGAAGAAUGAGGACGAAGAUGACGAUGGCGGGGAAGAGACACCAGCUGAGCAGGAUGAAGAUGCAGCUUUGGCUGCUGCACUCGCAAUGAGUGGAGGCGGCGGAUUCCAAGGAGACGAUAAUUUGGAAUCGCAGGUUCUUGCCUGUCGCUGCCUUGCAAACCUGAUGGAGGCUUUGCCUGGUGUGGCGCAUACAGUCGUCUACCAUGGAGCGAUUCCCGUCUUGUGCAGCAAGCUCAUCGAAAUUUCCUACAUCGACCUUGCGGAGCAAACUCUCAGCACUAUGGAAAAGAUUUCUGAAGAGUUUCCGAGCUCUAUCGUCCGCGACAAUGGCCUCACUGCUCUCCUUAACUACCUUGAUUUUUUCUCGAUCGCUGUACAGAGAACAGCGUUGCAAGCCGCUGCCAAUUGUUGCCGCAACAUUUCCCCUGACCAUUCAAGCCAAAUCAAAGAGGUCUGGCCCAUCAUCCGCAACUGCCUAUCCUAUUCGGACCAACGACUCGUUGAGUUUGCCUGUCUGUGCGUUAUCCGAGUCAUCGACUCGUACCAUCGGGCAUCAAUUGAAAAUCUGGAGGCCCUUGUCGACAUAGCCCUUAUCCGUGCUGUUUAUCAAUUGCUUCUUCCUGCAGGAGCCCCGCUUGUUGCAGCAAACACCUACACGCUACUCGUUCGUGCGAUUGCGACUGCUGCUAGAGCCAGUCCUCGGAUCACGGUCACGUUACUCGAAGCAGAUAUCGUCGACAUCACGUACCAGAUCCUCACCGGUGUACUUCCUCCUGCAGGGCCAGCUGCGAACGAACAAGGGGAUGCGCGUGGUGGUCAGGGUUUGGGUGGCGGUUUGGCGGAUAUGACGGUUAUGGACAACUUGGCCCACCGUCCUAAAGACCAAGUCGAGGAAACAUUAAGCUUGAUCUCGGAGCUUAUGCCACCAUUACCUAAAGAUGGUGUGUUCGAUCACAAAGCUUAUACCGAAAAGUCUUUGGGGCGACUGAUCAAGGCCAAAGCCAAGGCUGAACGGGCUGCUGCUCGUCAAGCUACACAUGCGACACUGAGUGCAGCAAUGCUUAUUGUAUCUUACGCCCCUGGUCCUUCAACAGUUGCCACACCUGUCAAUGAAGAUGGCACAACAUCGGGAGAGACGAUGGUAGCUGAGCCUGAGGAGUCGACGCCAAAUCCUCCAGCAGCAGACCGUCUGGACCUUUUGCGCUCAAAGCCGGAGGUUGUUGGACGAUUCAUGGAGCUUAUGGUCCCCAUCCUCAUCGACGUCUACGCAGCCAGUGUCAUUUCAUCUAUCCGUAUCAAGACCCUUACCGCUUUGCUCAAAGCCGUCAGCUUCCUGGAUGCAGAUGGACUGAAGCGCGUAUUAACAUUUGUUCCCGUAGCCAGUUUUGCAUCGUCGAUCUUGUCGUCAAAAGACCACCCAACGUUGGUUAUUGGGGCCUUGCAGCUUGUUGAUUUGCUUCUUACCAAAGUGACGACAUCAUACAAGCCUGCAUUCCGAAGAGAGGGCGUGUUUCACGAAAUCGAGCUGCUCGCUGCUCGCCCGUUGGUGUCUGUGAAAUCCAAAGAGAAGGAAUCUAAAGAUAAGGACAAUUCGGAAUCACCAGCUGCAUCGGACACUCCCGAUGUUCCGCCCCCGCCUGUCAAAAAGGUCGCAACAACUUUGGAACCCGAAGACGCAAUAACACUUCGCGCACGCGUCAUUCAAUUCAAGUAUCUUUCGGAUGAUCAGAAUGGCGAGGGAGAUGGCUCCUUCGGCUCAUUGCAACAAUUGGUUGAGCGACUUGGGCAAGACGGGUCAGAGAAAGAUGCCACAGAAGUGCUGUACGAGUUGGCAGAACUUUUUGGGUCGCCGCAUUCUUCAGUGUCCAGCUUCGAACUGCUGCAAAGCGGAGUUGUGGACGGGCUACUGCAGUUUGCCACUGAUUCUGAACGGAAACUGAACCUUUUACGGCGGAAAGAAUUAUUACUCGAUGCUUUUGUUGGCCGUCGGUCUAAACUUGGCACCAACUCACCGUUCGCCACAUUCGUGAAAAAGUUGCAGGAGAGUUUAACUCGAAUGGAAUCGUUUGAAGUUGUGACAGUUACUCCCGGUAUCGACGAUUCAAAACGAAGUUCCCCGUCGCUAUUAGCGCGCCAACUUCGACUGCGUCUAGUUGCUGAUGACCAAUCCGAUGUUCCGAAGAAUCUGCAUAAUAUCGUGGUUUCUAUCCAUGCGAUCGCCACUUUCCAAGCCCUCCAUGAUUAUCUCCGUCCACGUGUCGCUGGCUUAUUGGGGAGUGGCUCCCGGCUUUCGGGAAUGCUGGCUGCUCUUGCCAGCUCGGGUUUCGCUUCUGUACCCCGCACACCCGCCACGGAAGAACCCUCAACAUCAACCUCCGCUUCAGCACCGCCACCGCCACCCUCAUCAUCAUCCGCGCCGGCAGAGAGCUCGUCUUCAAAUUCAGGCUCAACUGUAACCCGACGACGAAGCCAACGGCUCAGUGCGAAAAAUACUGCCACCACGACGACUGAAGCAGAAAAUAUUCCCGAUUCUGCCCCAGUACCAAGUUCGAGUUCAGUCGGGGAGAAUGCUCCUUCUUCAUCAAGCGGGGACGCCCCUUCAAACAUCGUGGACACGGAAAUGGCAGACUACUCGGAUGAGGAUGAGGUUGAUGCUGAAGUUUUCGAUGAUGAGGUGGAUCCAGACAACUCGAUCGCUGAUAAAACCGUCACUCUAUCCGUUGGAGAAGAUGGUUCCAAGAUAGAAGCGCAAACUCCUGACGGUACACGGGUGGCCACGCCAAACCUGAAGGAUGUCUCGACAUUGUCCGCACCACGCGGGUUAACGAGUCGAGCGUCGUACGCAUCGGCCCUCAAAGCCAAGCCCACCGAUUGGCACCUGGAAUUCUCCAUGGACGACGAGCCAUUACCUCUGGAUCUGACCAUCUAUGGCGCAAUGCACCAACAUGAAAUGAGGAAAAAGACGGGUCCAUUACCUCCAAACCUUAUAUGGCAAGGCGUGUAUACGGUCAAAUUCAAGAAGGUAUCUGGCCCAUCACCUUCUGCUGAUGCACGUGCUGAUACAGACAGGGGCCGGUCAUCCACACCUCCACUUUCAUCUUUCCCAGACGACGCCUCACACGCAAAGAUUCUCAAGCUCCUUCGCGUAUUACACCAGCUUAACACACUAGAAGCUGAGCGAUCGGUGUUUGUUGGUGACAAACGACACCUUCCUGAAUCCGCAUUCGUAAACAACAAACUCACCGCCAAACUCACGCGACAGCUCGAGGAACCUAUGAUUGUCGCGAGCUCCUGUCUUCCGGACUGGGCACUUGAUCUGCCGCAACACUUCCCUUUCCUUUUCCCAUUUGCCACGCGAUACAGCUUCUUGCAAUCGACCUCCUUUGGAUAUGCUCGUCUGAUCCUCAAAUGGCAAAGUCAGCAAGCUCGUGCGCAGGACACCACAAGACGAGAUGAUGGAAUUGGAUUCCUUGGGCGGUUGCAGCGACAGAAAGUCCGCAUUUCGCGAAAACACAUUCUCGAGUCUGCUAUGAAGGUGUUCGAAUUAUACGGAUCUUCAUCGUCGAUUCUGGAAGUCGAGUAUUUUGAGGAGGUUGGAACUGGGCUUGGGCCAACGCUCGAGUUUUACUCACUCGUCUCGGCCGAGUUCGCGCGCAAGGAUCUGAAGAUAUGGAGAGAUGCUGACGCGGAUGGUAUCGGUCUCUACGUUGACCACCCUUCUGGCCUUUACCCGGCCCCGCUCAGUCCUCAGGACCUUGCAACAGAUGGCGGGCAGAAGCGAACACAGAUAUUCCGUGUAAUCGGCCAAUUUGUCGCAAAAGCGAUGCUUGACUCGCGAAUCAUCGACCUUUCUUUGAACAAGAUAUUCCUCAAAAUUGUUCUUGGCGAGGAAGUUCCGCUAACCAUUGCUACACUCAAAAUGGUGGAUGUUUCAAUGGCCAAGUCGCUGGAGACAAUCCAGGGCAUCGUGUCUGCUCAAGUACAAGCUGAUUCGGAAACCGACAAGGUAAAACGGAAGACAGCGCUCAUUGAGAACGUUAACAUCGAUGACCUCGGCCUCGAUUUCACCCUUCCCGGUUACGACAUUGAACUCCGCCCUGGUGGACACAAUAUUGCAGUGACUACGGACAAUGUGGAUGAGUACAUUCACGAUGUGCUUAAUGCUAUCGUUGGCACUGGCGCGCAGUUGCAAGCCAAAGCCUUCCGCGAAGGAUUCAGCAAAGUCUUCCCCAUCAGCGACCUGCAAGCCUUCUCUGCAGAUGAGUUGGUCUUACUGUUUGGCAACUCGGAGGAGGACUGGACCGUUGAAACACUGAAUGAAGCUAUCAAAGCUGACCACGGCUUUAACGGAGAAAGCCGUGCUAUUCGCGAUCUUGUGGAGAUUCUGUCAGAGUAUGAUGCUUCUAGUCGCCGCAACUACCUGCAAUUCGUUACCGGCAGUCCCAAGUUACCGAUCGGUGGUUUCCGUGGCCUCAAUCCGCCCUUGACGGUUGUCCGCAAGCCACAUGAGGCACCUCUGACUGCUGAUGACUAUCUCCCGAGUGUGAUGACAUGCGUCAACUACCUGAAACUUCCAGAGUACAGCUCGAAGAAUGUCAUGCGGGAGAAGCUAAAGGUGGCCGUGCAAGAAGGAAUGGGUAGCUUCCACUUAUCUUGA